AUGGCGGGCGAUGUGGGUUCUGAAGUUCAUCUAGAAAUUAAUGAUCUAAAACUCAUUUCACAAGAAGCAGACAGUCCUUCUGACAGUGGACAAGGCAGCUGUGAAACAACUAGGUCCUUGAGUGAAAAAGAUUCAGAUGAAGAAAUAUUUGUGAGUAAGAAAUUGAAAAGCAAGAAGGUGCUACAAGACAGUGAUUCUGAAACAGAAUACACAAAUGUCUCUCCAGAAAAAACUACCUAUGACAGUGCUGAGGAAAAUAAAGAGAAUUUAUAUGCUGGAAAAAGUGGAAAAAUUAAAAGGGUUUACAAAACUGUGGCAGACAGUGAUGAAAGUGAUAUGGAGGAGUCUUCGUAUCAGGAAACUCUUGAAACCCAGGUGACAUCUUGCUUAGAACUGAGUCUCCAAUCUGGAAACUCUGUAGAACUUACCAUCGGUAGAAAGAUUUCCAAAAAGCCCAUAUGUGAAAAAGAAGUAACAGAAGGAAAAACAAAAAUAAAAUCAAAGAGAAGACUUGAGAAAGAGGAGAGAAAGAUGGAAAAAAUUAGACGGCUAAAAAGGAAGGAAAUAAAAAAUAAGGAAAAUGAUGUAGAACAUUCAUUUAAUGACAGUGGCUGUCUUCUUGCCGAUAAAGACCUUUUUGAAACGGGUUUGGAGGAGGAAAAUAACUCUCCAUUGGAAGAUGAAGAGUCAUUAGAAUCAAUAAGGGCAGCUGUGAAAAACAAAGUAAAAAAUCACAAGAAAAAGGAAGCAUCUUUAGACUUGCAACAAGAAGAGAGUGAGUUAUCAAAAGGCAUCAUGAAGAAGGAAAGAAAGGCAGCCAAGUUAAGUAAGGAAGCAUUAAAAAAACUGCAUAGUGAGACUCAGCGCCUUAUUCGAGAAUCUGCACUUAAUCUUCCGUAUCAUAUGCCUGAGAAUAAAACUAUUCAUGAUUUCUUCAAACGUAAACCCAGGCCCACCUGCCAGGGAAAUGCCAUGGCACUUCUGAAGUCAUCAAAGUAUCAGCCAAGCCAUCACAAAGAAAUUAUAGACACUACAAAUAUAACUGAAAUGAAUGGUGACCACCAUAGCAAAGAUUCUGAGCACACAACUGGUGCAGAAUAUGAAAGAGAAAUUAAUGCAUUUACUGUGGUUUCAAAAGAAGCUGAAAUCACUACUCGGUCAGAUGAAGCUUGCAGUAAAGAUCUGAUAAGAAGUGAAGAAGUAGCAGUUCAGGAGAAAAAGAAGCAGAGUGAUGCUAGAUCUUCACCUGGGGACAGCUCAGUGUCACAGGAGGAAAGCAGCUUCCUUAGGAACAAGGCCGGUGAGGAGUAUCAGAUUGGAGGGCUAGUGGCAUCUGAAUCUCAUGCCUUGGAGGGAGUAGAUGACCUGAAACAGACUGAAGAAAUAGAAGAGAAAGUGGAAGAACCCAUGCAGCAAACUAAGUCGGCAGUUGUACCACCUGAAAAAGUUCGAAAAUUCACUCUGGAUAGACUUAAGCAAUUAGGAGUAGAUGUUUCCAUUAAACCACGGCUGGGUGCUGAUGAAGAUUCCUUUGUGAUACUUGAUGAACCUGGAACCAACAGAGAACUGGAAGCCUUAAAGCAGCGUUUCUGGAAACAUGUUAAUCCAACAACCAAGCCCAGGGCUGGCCAAACAGUGAAAGUGAACAUCAUAGUGAAAGACUUGAGCACUGAUGGAAGGGAAGAGCUAAAGGCAGAUGUGGUACCUGUGACUUUGGCAGCUGAGAAACUGGAUGGAGCAAGCCACACAAAACCAGGUGAAAAGUUGCAGGUGCUAAAAGCUAAACUGCAAGAGGCAAUGAAACUCCGAAGAUUUGAGGAGCGCCAAAAGCGCCAAGCAUUGUUUAAAUUAGAUAACGAAGAUGGGUUUGAGGAAGAGGAGGAGGAGGAGGAAGAAAUGACGGAUGAGUCUGAGGAAGAUGGAGAAGAGGAAGAAGAUGAAGAGAAAGAAGCUGAGGAAUUGGAGGAAGAGAAAGAAGAACUGGAGGAGGAGAAGGAAGAAGGCAAUCAGGAGAACGCAGAAUUCCUUCUUGGUAGUGAAGAUCUAGAACUCAAAGAUGAGAAAGAAAUGGACAAAGAUAAUAUUGAUGGCGGUAGUGAAAUUGGCAAGUCCGUCGAUCUUUCUGUUCCCAAGCCUCUCUCAUCAGAUUCUACCUUACUUCUAUUUAAGGACAACUCUUCCAAGAUGGGUUAUUUUCCUACUGAAGAAAAGUCAGAAACAGAUGAAAACUCAGGAAAACAGCCCAGUAAACUGGAUGAAGAUGAUUCAUGUUCAUUGUUAACAAAAGAGAGCAGCCACAAUAGCAGUUUUGAGCUGAUUGGCUCUACAAUUCCAUCCUAUCAGCCUUGCAACAGACAAACAGGCCGAGGGACCAGUUUUCUCCCUAUAGCAGGAGGAUUCAGAUCUCCUUCCCCUGGGCUGUUUCGAGCCAGUUUGGUCAGCUCAGCUUCUAAGAGUUCAGGGAAACUGUCUGAGCCUUCACUUCCCAUAGAGGAUUCCCAGGAUCUGUAUAACGCCUCCCCAGAACCUAAGACACUUUUCCUAGGAGAAGGAGACUUCCAGUUCUGUUUAGAAGAUGACACUCAGAGCCAACUGUUGGAUGCAGAUGGGUUCUUAAAUGUUAGAAACCACAGAAAUCAGUACCAACCUUUGAAGCCUCAGUUGCCAUUGGCCAGUAUGGAUGAGAAUGCCAUGGAUGCCAACAUGGAUGAAUUAUUGGAUUUGUGUACUGGGAAGUUUGCAUCUCAGUCUGAAAAAUGUCAAAGCAGGAAGAGUGACAAGAAAGAGAACAUGGAGGAACUUCUAAAUCUUUGCUCUGGAAAAUUCACUUCUCAGGAUGCCUCCUCACUGACUCCGCUGGAAUUGAGUAAGCAGGAAAAGGAGAACAGCAUGGUUGAUCCAAUGGAAGAAGCGCUUGCUCUGUGCUCAGGUUCUUUCCCAACRGACAGGGAGGAAGAAGAUGAAGAGGAAGAAUUUGGAGACUUUCAGCUUGUUCCAAAUGAAAAUGAAUUUGAUAGUGAUGAAGAGGAAUACAGUGACUCUGGUAAUGAAGAUGAUGAGGAAGAACUCCUGAAGCAAUCUGAGAAGUUGAAAAGGCAAAUGAGAUUGAAGAAAUACCUGGAGGAUGAAGCAGAGGUGUCAGGAAGUGACGUGGGAAGUGAAGAUGAGUAUGAUGGGGAAGAUAUUGAUGAAUAUGAAGAGGAUGUAAUUGAUGAAGUACUUCCUUCUGAUGAGGAAUUACAAAGUCAAAUCAAGAAAAUACACAUGAAAACAAUGUUGGAUGAUGAUAAACGAAAACUACGUUUAUACCAAGAGAGGUACCUUGCUGAUGGGGAUCUGCACAGUGAUGGUCCUGGGCGAACGAGAAAAUUCCGAUGGAAAAAUAUAGAUGAUGCUUCCCAGAUGGACUUGUUCCACCGAGACUCUGAUGAUGAUCAGAUUGAAGAACAGCUUGAUGAAACAGAAGCCAAAUGGAGAAAGGAGCGUAUUGAACGAGAGCAAUGGCUUCGAGACCAGGCACAGCAGGGGAAAAUUACAGCUGAAGAAGAAGAAGAAGAAAUUGGGGAAGACAGUCAGUUUAUGAUGCUAGCCAAGAAAGUUACAGCAAAAGCACUGCAGAAGAAUGCUAAACGCCCUGUGGUUAUUCAGGAAUCAAAGCCUCCACUCAGUGAUCCUUUUGAAGCCAUCAAACCUGGAAGUGCUCACCAGCUGAAGACAGGCUCGCUGCUAAACCAGCCCAAAGCUGUGCUUCAGAAACUGGCUGCUCUUUCUGAUUGCAACCCUAGUGCUCCCCGAAAUUCAAGAAACUUUGUCUUUCAUACACUUUCUCCUGUCAAGGCUGAGGCAGCAAUGGAAUCAUCUAAGCCUCAGGUAAGGAAAAGAGGUCCAUCGUUAAUGACAUCCCCUUCUCCUAAGCGCCUCAGAACAGAAGAUAACACCCCAGGAAUGAAGCGAAGCAUCUUCAAAUAUUUAGAAAGCUAA